UCUCUCAUUUUUGCCCUAGCGAGGCAUAUUCCUUCUCUCUUUCGUGUUCUCCCUCUCGCGGAAAGGCGCGGCGUCUAGGAACCGGUCUCUUCUGUUCAAAAAUCAGUGUCUUUUCCGGCACUAUCUCCACUUUAAUCUCUGCCGAGACGGCGAAGCUAUUCAAGUUUUCGUCGUUUAGAGAGGAUAUGGGUUCAAAUGUUCAAUUCCCCUUCUCGAGCUAAAUUGGUGCUAAAAUGCGCAGCUUGGAUUUCUUGUUUGGGAAGAACUUUGAGAGAGCGAUGAAGAUAGUGGAUCAAAGAGGUGUCAAGAAGAUUCUCGGUGAGCCUAGCGGUCAUUCUGUUUUUCAGGAAGACCAGUUGGAAGGCUGCAUGGUUGGGGAAACUAUUCGACUGUUACACCAUCCAAUCAUGAGAUCAACAAAGGAAUUGGAAAAAUGACAUUGGCAGAGAACUUAGCUUGUCUUCUUGAAGAAUCGUCUAGUCUCGACGAAAGAAGACCGAAGAGUAGAAUGGCGCUAAAGAGGUCUUUCGAGCUCCGCAUCAAAAAAAGGGUGAAAGAACAAUCUAGGAAUGGAAUAUAUCAAGGCCUAAUGGAAAGAGUAAUAGCCACUCCAGAAACUCUCAAGGAUGCUUACAGCUGUAUUAGGCUCAACUCGAAUGUUGAAAAAUCAGUAAAUUAUCACAAUAUCUGUUUUGACUCCUUGGCAGUGGAGCUCUCUAAUGGGAGUUUUAAUGUUGGUGCAAAUACCUCCACCAUCUCAACAAAAGGUGCUAGGAAAGAAGUCCUUGUCCUUCCAAAUAUAAAGUUGAAGGUUGUUCAAGAAGCCAUCAGAAUCGUUUUGGAAGUUAUAUACAGGCCCUACUUUUCUAAGAUAUCACAUGGUUGUAGGAGUGGGAGGGGGGAAGCGACAGCGUUGAAGUACAUUAAAAAAGAGAUCUCCAGUUCUGAUUGGUGGUUUACAAUGCAUGUAUACAAAAAGAUGAAUGCCUGUAUCCUUGCUAAACUGAUCUCUCUAAUGGAAGAGAAGUUAGAGGACCCAAUCUUAUAUGCUAUCAUUCAAAGCAUGUUUGAUGCCCAGGUACUUAAUGUGGAGUUCGGGGGUUUCCCCAAAGGCCAUGGUCUUCCACAAGAGGGAAUACUGACCCCUAUACUAUUAAAUAUAUAUCUUGACUCCUUUGACCGUGAAUUUUACAGAUUAUCAAUGAAAUAUGAAGCUCUUGAACCACAAUUCAACAUUCCUGGUGAGUCACAUUCCAAGUUGAGGAAUUGGUUUAGGAGACAGCUGAAAGGUAGUAAUCUAGUAUUCGUGGACAAGGAGGAUACUAGUCCAAAGUUUCAUUGUUGUCGCUUCAUGGACGAGAUAAUGUUUGUAGUUUCUGGUUCCAAAGAUGUUACUCUUAGUUUCAGAUCAGAGAUUACACAAUAUUUGCAGAAUUUCUUGCAAUUGGAUGUUGAUAAUGAAGAAGAGAUAUUACCAAGUGCAGGUCCUCAGGGGAUUUGCUUUCUUGGAAUUAUUAUCAAAAGAAGUUUGAGGGAAAGUCCUGCUUUAAGGGCUGUUCACAAAUUGAAGGAAAAAGUCCAGUUAUUUGCUUCACAAAAACAAGAAGCUUGGGAUUCCGGGACAGUUAGAGUAGGGAAGAAAUGGUUGGCUCAUGGUUUGAAGAAGGUCAAAGAGUCAGAGAUUAGACAUUUAGCAGAUAGCAACUCUACCUUGAGCCAAAUUUCCUGCUUCCGCAAAGUUGGGAUGGAAACUGAUCAUUGGUACAAGAUGCUAUUGAAAAUAUGGAUGCAAGAUGUUCAUGUGAAAUCUGAAGAGAAUGAGGAAUUUAUCUUGUCUAAGUAUGUUGCAGAGCCAGCCAUACCCCAAGAAUUAAGAGACUCCUUUUAUGAAUUUCAAAAAUGUGCUGAAGAAUAUGUUUCUUCUGAGGCUGCUAAUACUCUUGCACUUUUGCCAAGUACAACAUCUUCCUCUGUGCCAGUGACCAUAUGUGAGAUUAUUGCUCCUGUGAACAACAUUAAGAAGCGUCUAUCACGAUAUGGGUUGACCACAUCUGCAGGAUAUCCUCGAACUGCUCCUCAGCUAAUUUUACAAGAUGAUGACCAAAUUAUCCACUGGUUUUUAGGCAUCGUUCGCCGUUGGGUUAAAUGGUACUGUGAGUAUGACAACUUCAGUGAGGUAAAGCUCCUAAUUUCAGAUCAAGUUAGGAAAUCAUGCAUUCGAACAUUAGCAGCAAAAUAUCGAAUCCAUGAAGCUGAAAUAGAGAAAAAAUUUGAUGUAGAAUUGAGCAGAAUCCCCUCUACCCAAGAGAUAGAGCAAGAGAUGGAAUACGAGAGAUCUGAUUUUGAUAACGAUGAAGCGUUGAUGUAUGGUAUAUCCUACAGUGGGUUGUGUUUACUAUCGCUAGCAAGAAUUGUAAGCCAAUCCCGACCUUGUAAUUGUUUUGUUAUAGGUUGCAGUGAUCCUGCUCCAAAUGUUUACACUCUUAAUGUGAUGGAAAGACAGAAGUUCCCAGGCUGGAAGACAGGGUUCUCAAGUUGUAUUCAUCCCAGCUUGAAUAGGAGGAGGAUUGGGUUGUGUAAGCAACAUGUAAAAGAUUUGUAUCUUGGCCAUAUAUCGCUUCAGUCUAUCGAUUUUGGUGCAUGGAAAUGAGGGAUUUCAAUAAAUUUUUAGUAUCAGCUAUACAGCGAGAUUCCUAAGCUUCUGACAACCUAUUGCUGUCAUAGAGAACAUGGAAGCUGUCACUGAUGUGUAGAGAUGCAAGGUUACCUUUUGCCCUGGCAAAUUUUCAGGUCUCAGUGUUAAUACAGGAAUAUUUGAUCCAUAUUGUCAGCAUAUUGAAAGAUAUCAGUACUCAUUUUCUGCCCAUGGAACAGUUGGCAACUAUUGUAUGUUUGGUGAAAACUGUGAUAAUGAUUUUUUCCCAAGUACAUGUUCAGAUUUUAAAUUGCAUAUCGUUGAAAUUUUCAUUGUGUAUAUACUCCAAUAUUGUUCUUUUUAAGUCUUUCUUUAUCU